ACCCGCGCACUGUUGACUGGACUUCCCGAGCCCUCGGACGCGUCAACUUUGGUAUAAAAUCCUGCAGGAUUUUGUGGAGGAAUUCAUUUCGCAUACUCGUCUCCAGAAGGCAUAAUGGUCCAACAGGUAGAGAAGAUGUGGUCCAAGAUGUACGUCCUGAAAAGAGAUGGACGGCAGGAACCAGUCAUGUUCGACAAGAUCACCUCACGCAUUCAGAAACUUUGCUAUGGCCUUCAUAUGGACUUCAUUGAUCCUCCUGCAAUUACUCUGAAAGUUAUAAAUGGUCUGUACACUGGUGUGACUACUGUUGAACUGGAUAACUUGGCUGCUGAAACUGCUGCUACAAUGACGACAAAACACCCAGAUUAUGCUGUUCUGGCUGCGAGGAUUGCUGUCUCCAAUCUUCAUAAGGAAACAAAGAAAACCUUCAGUGAGGUAAUGGAUGACUUGUAUAAUAUGACCAACAAGAAAACUGGCAAGAAGAUGCCAAUGCUUAGUGAUGAACAUUACAAGAUCAUUAUGGACAAUGCUGAGAAGCUGAACUCUGCUAUUAUCUACGAUAGAGAUUUCUCUUACAAUUACUUUGGAUUCAAGACCCUGGAGCGCUCCUAUUUGUUGAAGAUCGAUGGUAAGGUUGCAGAACGUCCUCAGCAUAUGUUGAUGCGAGUUGCUGUUGGAAUACAUGGGGAAGAUAUACCUGCUGCAAUUGAAACAUACAACCUGUUGUCUGAAAAAUGGUUUACUCAUGCUUCACCUACACUUUUCAAUGCUGCUACAAGAAGGCCACAGCUUUCUAGCUGCUUCUUGCUGACGAUGAAGGAUGACAGCAUUGAGGGCAUUUAUGAUACACUCAAGCAAUGUGCUCUUAUCUCAAAAUCUGCUGGAGGCAUUGGUUUGAAUGCUCACUGCAUUCGCUCUACUGGUAGCUACAUUGCCGGAACCAACGGCACCUCCAACGGUCUUGUUCCUAUGCUUCGUGUAUACAAUAAUACUGCACGUUAUGUUGAUCAAGGCGGUAACAAAAGACCAGGUGCAUUUGCUAUUUACCUUGAGCCAUGGCAUGCUGACAUCUUUGAUUUCCUCGAUCUUCGCAAAAACCAUGGAAAGGAUGAACAAAGAGCCAGAGAUCUCUUUUAUGCAUUGUGGAUCCCAGAUUUGUUCAUGCAGCGCGUGGAAGAGAAUGGAGACUGGUGUCUCAUGUGUCCUAACGAGUCUCCUGGCCUCCAUGAUACCUGGGGCACAGAAUUUGAGACCCUUUACAAAAAGUAUGAAGAGGAAGGUCGCUAUGUUCGUAAAGUGAAGGCUCAGGCACUGUGGUAUGCUGUCAUUGAAUCACAGGUUGAAACUGGCACCCCUUACAUGCUGUAUAAAGAUGCUUGCAACAGGAAGAGCAAUCAACAGAAUUUAGGCACCAUAAAAUGCUCCAAUCUUUGUACAGAAAUUGUAGAAUAUUCAUCUCCUGAUGAGGUUGCUGUCUGUAACUUGGCGUCUAUUGCACUGAACAUGUAUGUGAAAUCAGACGGAACAUAUGACUUUAAUAAACUGAAGGAAGUUACAAAGGUUAUCACUCGCAACUUGAAUAAAAUUAUAGAGGUUAACUUCUAUCCUGUUGAGGAAGCCCGCAGAUCCAACAUGCGACACAGACCAAUUGGAAUUGGUGUUCAGGGCCUUGCUGAUGCUUUCAUCCUUAUGAGGUAUCCAUUUGACUCUGAUGAAGCAAAAUUGCUCAAUAAACAAAUUUUUGAAACUAUUUAUUAUGGUGCUAUGGAGGCAAGUUGUGAACUGGCAGAGAAGCUUGGCCCAUAUGAAACUUAUGAAGGUUGCCCAGUAAGCAAAGGGAUCUUCCAGCAUGAUAUGUGGAAUGUGACUCCGACUGAUUUGCAUGAUUGGGCAGCGUUGAAGGCAAAGGUUAAAAAACAUGGUGUUCGCAACUCUCUUCUGCUUGCCCCAAUGCCUACUGCCUCAACGGCUCAGAUUUUGGGAAAUAAUGAGUCCAUAGAAGCUUACACAUCAAACAUUUACAGCAGACGGGUGUUGUCUGGAGAGUUCCAGGUCGUCAAUCACCACUUGCUUCGGGACCUGACUGAACAGGGAUUGUGGAAUGAUGACAUGAAGAAUGAAAUUAUUGCAAAGAAUGGUUCAAUUCAGGAAAUUGAGAACAUUCCUGCUGACCUGAAAGCUCUUUACAAAACUGUGUGGGAAAUCUCCCAGAAAGUUAUUAUUCAGAUGGCAGCUGAUAGAGGUGCUUUCAUUGAUCAGAGUCAGUCUCUCAACAUUCAUAUUGCAGAGCCAAACUAUGGCAAACUUACUUCAAUGCAUUUCUAUGCAUGGAAAUUGGGUCUCAAAACCGGCAUGUAUUACCUUCGUACAAAGCCUGCUGCAAAUGCUAUCCAGUUUACAGUUGACAAGGCCAAGCUGAAGAAUGCCACCACAGUUAAUGUUACCUCUAAUGGAGUGAAUGGAAGUUCUAAAAGCGAAAGCGAGGAAAACAUGGCAGCAAUGGUGUGUUCUUUAGAAAAUAAGGAUGAGUGCCUGAUGUGUGGCUCAUAGACUAAUGACCUGGCAUCUAAAGGCUUACUUGUACUGUAUCUCCCCCAAGUAUUUUUGUACAUAUCUCAUUUAGUAAUGAUUUUUAAAUGUUUUGUGAUAAUUCUGUAAAAAACUUUUGUGAUAAUUUAGCAAAGCUAGUUACUUUUUUUUUCAAGUGAUUUGUUUUGCUUAUUUCAAUUGUAUAUUUGCUUGUCAGUUUUAAGUUGUGCAUUCACAAUGGUGCCUUAUGUUUUCUGCACAACGCAACCGAGAGCUUACAUAUCACUGCCAUUAUCUUUACAUUUAUUUAGGAUUUUUUUUUUCUUAAAUUUACCUUAACAUUUAUUUAGGAUUUUUUCUUAAAUCUUUUUUUACCUUAAAAUUAUUUCUUUAGUUUUGAGUUCUGUACAUAUUUAUGAAACUUAAGUGCUUUUUUUAAUACUGUAUACAUGUUUUUUCCUCAUUUCUUAAUGCUUUAAACUUACAAUUUUAAAAAAAUUUAUUAGGCCAUUAUAUUCAAGUGUAAUUACCUUAGAUUAUAUUUGCUGUAAGGAUUUGGGAAGUGAAAGUUUUUAGUCGUAAGUUGAAUCUUGUCAAUCCUUGUGUGUUAGGGAAGCCCCGAAUAUAUUCGGAAGAUUAUUCUCUGUAUUUCCUGCAUCUGCAGGAAAAUGUAGUUGCAGUUUUUUAUGUCUUAUAUUUUUAUGCUGAAUUUUUAAUGAAUUUGAUAGAAAA